UAAGAUAAUAUUAUAAUUAACUAAGAUAAUUUAAAUAGACCUUCUUUUGUUUUGAAUAAAUUACAUAGUCUGCAUUACUGUCCUAGGAACUAGCAGUAAUGGAAUUAAACACAACCGAAUUUCUCACAACUUUCAUUGCUGCAGUUUCGACGUAUUAUCCAGAAGAUGUCGAUUUGAAUCAAAGGCCCAUCAACUGGCCACAGGACCAAAUCCUUAACUCGUACGACUUCAUCAUAAUUGGAGCGGGAUCUGCUGGAUGCGUUCUGGCGAACAGACUGUCAGAGAUUUCAAACUGGAAAGUACUUUUAAUAGAGGAUGGCGGGCAGGAGACAGCCGUAUCCGACUCUCCUACACUAGCAGCUUACGUUUAUAACACUGAACUAGACUGGAACUACACUACUGUCAGACAAUCUAGGGCAUGUUUAGCUCGAAACGGUAACUGUGAGUAUCCAAGAGGUCAUGUGAUGGGAGGUUCGAGCACAAUAAACGGAAUGAUAUAUGUGAGAGGAAGUUCUUUGGACUAUGAUGAAUGGGAAGCCGACGGAAACCCAGGUUGGGGUUAUAAGGAUGUCUUGCCGUAUUUCAUCAAGUCUGAGACUAUCAAUAUUCCCGAGCUCGUCGACUCUCCAUAUCAUGGAAAGAACGGUCCGAUGUCAGUGCAGCUGGCGUACUAUGAGACGCCAUUGUCGCAAAUUUGGAUCAAAGCUGCAGAAGAAUUUGGCCUUCCUUAUGGGGACUACAACGGGGAGAAUCAGAACAGGGUGAUGAGGGUGCAGUCUGAUAUUUUGGGCCCAUCAAGACAGAGUACUUCAAAAGGGUACCUAAACCCAGUGAGGAACAGGAAAAAUCUUCAUAUUGUAAUGAGAUCAAGGGUUACUAAAAUUAUUAUAGAUCCAACAACUAAGACAGCAACAGGUGUGCAGUAUGUAAGAAAUGGGCAAAUGUAUCAAAUUAAUGCGAAGAAAGAAGUUAUCUGUUCUGCUGGGAGUAUUAACACACCUCAAAUAUUAAUGUUAUCUGGAAUAGGUCCUGCUGAAGAACUGAAAUCAUUAGGUANCUCUGCCUUAUUUGGUUAG